AAAAAAAUAUUCUGGAUCUUUAUUACUAAAAUUAUUAAAAAAAAACUCCACAUAUGAUAAUCAAUCUAUUAUAAUCUGAAAAAUGCAACCCUUUACAAAAAUCACAUGUAAAUAAUGCCCACAACAACAAAUAUGCACAAUAAUGCCCCACAAUGUUUUGACAAAUUUCAAGUCUUCAUUUCGCUGAAUAGUCAAAUGUGUGCAAUUGAUUAAAACUACAUUGAAAAUGCAUAUUUUAUAUUAAAUAUAUAAACCAAGGUUAAUUUAAUGGAAAAGAUUUGUAAAAUAAAGUUUUAAGUACAACCAUAGUCGUAUAAUUACACUAAUUAAACAGGUGUCGACACCGAACUGUUGCUACUAUUUUUAUUGAUUAGAAAAAUUAAACGCGUAAAUAAACUUGAGUUGUAAAGAUUCCAGCUUUCUCCUUAUAACAAAUAACGAAACGAAAACGUGCCAUAUAAUAAAAUGUCGUCAGGUUUAAAAUGUCGCAAUUGUGGUUCCACCGAUAUCGAGGAAGACAAUGCACGUGGCGAUGCCGUCUGUACGAACUGCGGUUCGGUAUUAGAAGAUUCGCUUAUUGUAUCCGAAAUACAGUUCGAAGAAAUUGGCCAUGGUGCAGCGGCUAUCGGUCAAUUUGUGUCCGCUGAGUCCAACGGUGGCGCCACAAAUUACGGUUAUGGUAAAUUUCAAGUCGGCUCCGGUACUGAAUCUCGUGAAGUUACAAUUAAAAAAGCUAAAAAAGAAAUAACACAUUUGUGUCAGCAGCUGCAAUUAACACAGCAUUACAUUGAUACGGCAUUAAAUUUUUUUAAAAUGGCUUUGGCACGGCAUUUGACGCGUGGCCGCAAGAGUACGCACAUAUAUGCCGCUUGUGUGUACAUCACUUGCCGCACGGAGGGUACAUCACAUUUGCUGAUUGACAUUAGCGACGUGCAACAAAUUUGCUCCUACGAAUUGGGUCGCACUUACCUGAAGCUAUCAAAUGCUUUAUGCAUCAACAUUCCAUCUGUCGAUCCCUGCUUAUACAUUAUGCGCUUCGCCAAUAAAUUGCAGUUCGGCGCCAAAACUCACGAGGUCUCCAUGACCGCCUUGCGCAUUGUCCAACGCAUGAAGAAGGAUUCGUUGCACUCGGGUCGGCGACCGACCGGUUUGUGUGGCGCAGCUUUACUGAUCGCCGCACGCAUGCAUGAGUUUAGCCGCACGAUCCUCGAUAUAGUAGGCAUUGUAAAAAUACACGAAUCUACAGUGCGCAAGCGCUUAAUUGAAUUCGCGGACACACCCUCUAGCGCACUUACCUUGGAUGAAUUCAUGUCUGUCGAUUUAGAGGCGGAACAAGAUCCGCCAGCUUUUAAGGCGGCACGGAAAAAAGAUCGCGAUCGCAUCAAGGAUAUUGCCGAGCAUGAGCUAUCCAAAUUGCAAAGGGAAAUCGAUACACACCUCGAAAAGGAUCUUAAGCGUAUACAAAAGAACACAAUCAAGCGUUUGACUGGUGGACUUGGUGAUGUAGGAACCGACACCAAUUUCGAAGAUGUCGAAUCGGCGAAUUUCAUCGAAGAAUCCAAUCUCGAGGCCAUUAAAGAAUGCCUCGCUGACGCACCCGAUGUUAUGGGACCACAGAAAGCAGAGAAAAUCGUACUAAGCGGUCUUAAACCGGACAUAGAGUCUAUGUGCCGGCCAGCACCGAGUGAACUGCUGGAAGUGGAAAAGGCCAAAGAUAAUGAUGUCAUGGAAGAUUUAGACCUGGAAGGACUUGACGAUGAGGAAAUCAACAAUUACAUACUCACGCACGAAGAAGCGGAGUACAAAAACAACAUGUGGAAUGCAUUAAAUGCCGAGUAUUUAAAAGAAAUGCGCGAAAAGGAGGAGCGUCUGGCCAAAGAGCGCGAAGAGGGUAAGCCUGAGAAGAAAAAGAGACGGCCACGUCGUAAACCGAUCGGUCCCUCAACCAGCGCAGGGGAGGCUAUCGAGAAAAUGCUGCAGGAGAAGAAAAUCUCAAGCAAAAUCAAUUACGAUAUUUUGCGAACGCUGACGGAAGGUAGCGUAGUUGGUGCCAGCAGCACAACAGCCACGGACGCUGCAGCAAGCGAAACUUUGGAUGUGAAAAAUGUGCCAAUCAUUGAAACGGGGCCCAUUAAGCAGAAGAAUAGUCGCGCCAAACCAGCUUACACAAUUGGUGGACCACCAGCCAAAGUGCCUAAAUUGGAGAUGGGUUUACCCGUGGCAGAGGAAGCUGCGACACCAACGAAGCAGGAGCCGGUGGUUGUCGAGAAUGAUGACUUGGAUGAAUUUGUCGAUGAUGCAGAUGCGGAAGGCGAUGCCGAGGUGGAGCCUGAACCGGAACGUGAAUAUUCCUCGCUGAAGGAUAUGCUGAAUGAUGGUGUAGAAGACGAUUACUAUGGCUAUGAUGACUAUUGACUGAAGUUCGGAAAUAUUUUUUUACAAAUAGAAGGCUACGCGAGAGAAUCAUACUUUAUUGUAGUGAAAGUAUGCUAGUUAACUUUCGUAUAUACUAGAAACAUAUAGCUGAUACUGCUAAGAAAUGUUUCUUAAUAUGAUCACGUGACGAAAAAAAUUAUAGAAAUCUAGAGAUCUCUCAUAUAAUCUGCAUUUGACUCACUUUAAAGCACAGCGAAAUUCAAUUUAAAAUAAGCAUUAAAUAGAAAUUAAUUAGACGCCACAAAAUAGUGCAUUUUCAAAUAAAUAUCCCAACAUUUAAUUACAAAUAUAAAAUUUUUAUUAUAUAUAACAUAAACAUCAUAAAAUAUUCACUUGUUGCACUCUAUAUGUAUAUUGUAUGCGCCUAAAAGUAUGCAGCUUUUAACAACACUGACAUUACAGCUCACAAAAAUGCAUUGCAAAUGUCACUGUGGAAUACCCAGGAGCGCAUGAACCAGAGAACUUAAAAAACUUCUUUUUUUUGUGGUGGGGUGUUUGUCACUUGUUGUGCAUUUCUGCGCGCCUGGUAUCGCAAUACGGGAUUUUAGUCGAAUUACCGUUCCCACUACAGUCGGGUCUAAGUAACCGGAAUGGACUCGGAUUUUUAUCCGCACAAGGACUGUCAACUCGG